AUGUUGAAGCCCAGCCCACUACUACGGCCCCGCCUCCUCCCAUCCAUGAUUGCCACGGGCCUGGUCGCUCUAUUCUUCUUCACGAUCUUCGCGGGGAACCUCGCCGAUGCCGCCGAGCUCGACUCGACACUACCAGACGACCACAACCAUGAGCGGUUACUGGACCCUUUUGUGUCGGCGCGAGGGGAGGGGGACGGCGAGGAUAUGAUAUAUCAGGCGGAGUUCUCGGGGGGUAGGGAGGAGUUGCAUGCGCGGCAGCUGCCGAUGGCGUAUGAGAUACCCAACAAUAUUGCGAGGCCGUACAAUUUGAACCAGGGGGAAACGCUGUAUUUCGUCUUCCUGAACCAGUCGAUCUGGGGACCGCAUGCUCCUGCUGGCAGCGGGUCAACAGGGCUACCGUCUGUUGGAUUAAGUCGGAGAUGGGAGGAUGAGGGUGAGGGGGAUGAACAGGGCGCAUUUAAUACGGCGGAUGGAAAGGACGAGGAGUCUUCGAUAACGAGGAGCGUAUAUAUCACGCUGAAUACCUGCCUUCAGCCCAGCAACGCGAAAGGAGACAGUGGUCCCAAGGGCCCCCCGCCUCAAGUAACGAUGUACGUCGGAGAGAACCAGACGACGCUCGGGGCCUCCAAACCCGCCGACGGCCAGCGAAUAAUAGCCGCCGAAUUCGGCUUCGCAGACCUAACAUUCGACGCCUCCAAAAACCUCUACAUCGCCGUCACCGGCCCCAACGCCACCGAAUACGAAGGCAUCUACAGCGUCGAAGUCGGCGUCUCCAUCGACGCCCCCUUCCACGCCUACAGCGGCGACGCCACCGACCUCUUCUUCAUCGACAGCGACUCGAGCUCCGCCCUCCUCGCCACCAAAAACCUAACCCUCGACAACUCCAGCACACCCGUCUACCAGCAGUGGAUGCAGCUCUCCCCGCCCCCCUACGUGAUCUUCGCCAACAACCAGAACCAAACGUGGAUCCAGGGCGUCUCGCGUUCGUACUGCGGGCUGGAGAACUAUGCGCAGAUCGCGGGGACGCAGAAGGGGCUGCGCACUGAUAUGGUCAAGACGAUCAUGACGAAUGUGACGCUGGGGACGCAUCCGAAGCAGCAGUUUUACUUCCACGGUCUGAAUGCGAGUUCGCAGUAUUAUGGGAUUUUGGCUUUGCCGAGGAAUGCGACGGAUGCGCCGGGGGGUGGGGGGCGCGUUUGGCAGACUAUGAAUUUUACUACGCAGUCUGACGGCAACUGCGCGAUCCUCUUCAACCUCUCUUUCUGCUCCGAUGUCUCGUACGCCGUCCCCGGCAACCCCACCACGUUCCCAACCCUCACCUCCCUCGCCGCCUUCUACGACAACGCCGCCAAAUCCGCCUACUCCAACUUCGCCAAAGCCCUGCAACAAAUCCCCUGCGAAAUCCCUAACACCGGCCAGUACAGUCUGGUCCGCAACUGCGACGACUGCGCGAAAGCGUAUAAAGCCUGGCUCUGCAGCGUCACGAUCCCGCGGUGCCAGGAUUACAGCCGUGGCGACCCCUGGCUGCAGCCGCGGAACGUGGUGCAGCCCUUCCCCAACUCGUCGGUGCUUCAGGAUACGAAUUUCCUGGCGGCCAGCCAGGCAAUUCGGUACCUCAACUCGAGCAGGAAUCCGGCGAUCGAUGCAAUAGUGAAGCCGGGACCGUAUAAGGAGAUCCUGCCGUGUCUGGAUAUGUGCUAUAACCUCGUGCAGAGCUGUCCGGCGGCGAUGAAGUUUGAUUGUCCGGGGAUGGAAGGGGCGAGUAGUUAUGGAAGGAGGCCGAAUGGGAGUAAGAGUGAGGAUGGGCAGAUUACGUGCAAUUACCCGGGGGCGGCUUAUCAUCUCGGUGGUGCGGGAGUGGUGCGGGUGGGAUGGUUGGGGGCGGUGGUGGUGGUGGGAGUGGCGGUGAUGGUGGUGGUGUGA